AUGGCUAAAGUUGCUCCAUUGGCCCCGCCCAUCACUGCCAGAUUGACUCCGCCCACCAUAAUUUUGCAGGACAUGGAGGAGGCGGAGCCAGCUGACGUCCGGGUCAUCCAGACAGAAACUCCAGUGGUUCUGUUCAACGUCAACAACAGCAACAACAACGAGGACGAGGAGGAGAAGAAGAAGAAGAAGAAGGAGAAGAAGGAGAGGAAAGAAAAGAAGGAGAAAGAAAAACAGGAGAAGAAGGAGAGAAAGGAGAAGAAGCAGAAGGAGGAGAAAGAGAAAGAAAAAGAAAAGGAGAAGGAGAAAGAAAAAGAGAAAGAGAAGGCCAAGGAGGAGCCUCCUAAGGAGAUCACAGUGAUCGAUCCAGCAGGAAACACCUACUACCACUGGCUGUUCAUCAUCACUGUUCCUGUCAUGUACAACUGGACGCUCAUCAUAGCCAGGGCAUGUUUCGAGGAGCUGCAGACCGAUUACCUGGUCUACUGGUUCCUCCUGGACCUCCUGUCCGACCUCAUCUACCUGGGCGACAUGGUGUUCAGAACCAGGACCGGUUACCUGGAGCAGGGUUUGCUGGUGAAGGACGAGCUGAAGCUCCGUGAGCGCUACAUGAACAGUUUCCAGUUCAAGCUGGACUUGGCCUCCAUGGUUCCCACCGAUGUUCUGUACGUCGUCUUCGGCCUCAAAUACCCGGAGAUCCGCCUCAACAAACUGCUGCGAUUCAACAGGAUGUUGGAGUUCUUCCAGCGGACAGAGACCAGAACCAACUACCCCAACGCUCUUCGUAUUUCCAACCUGGUCAUGUACAUCGUCAUCAUCAUCCACUGGAACGCCUGCCUCUACUACUCCUUCUCCAAGGCCAUCGGUUUCGGUGCCGACAGGUUCGUGUAUCCGGACCCAUCGGACCCAGAGUUCGGUCGUCUGGUGAGGAAGUACGCCUACAGCAUGUACUGGUCCACGCUGACGCUGACCACCAUCGGAGAAACACCGCCCCCUGUGGAGAACUCCGAGUACUUCUUCGUCGUCACGGACUUCUUGGUCGGCGUCUUGAUCUUCGCCACCAUCGUCGGUAACGUCGGCUCCAUGAUCACCAACAUGAACGCUGCCAGAGCCGACUUCCAGGCUCGCAUCGACGCCAUCAAGCAGUACAUGAGCUUCCGAAAGGUAACCAAGGACCUAGAGAAGCGAGUGAUCAAGUGGUUCGACUUCCUGUGGACCAAUAAGAAAGCGGUGGACGAGAGGGAGGUGCUGAAGUACCUGCCGGACAAACUGAGGGCUGAGAUCGCCAUCAACGUCCACCUGGACACGCUGAAGAAGGUCCGGAUCUUCGCCGACUGCGAGGCCGGGCUGCUGGUGGAGCUGGUUCUGAAGCUGCAGCCGCAGGUCUACAGUCCCGGAGACUACAUCUGCAAGAAGGGCGACAUCGGCCGCGAGAUGUACAUCAUCAAGGAGGGCAAGCUGGCCGUGGUCGCCGACGACGGCAUCAAGCAGUUCGUGGUCCUCAGUGACGGAAGCUACUUCGGCGAGAUCAGCAUCCUGGCCAUCAAGGGCAGUAAAGCAGGAAACAGGAGGACGGCAAACAUCCGCAGCAUCGGCUACUCCGACCUCUUCUGUCUCUCCAAAGACGACCUGAUGGAGGCGCUGACCGAGUAUCCGGAUGCCAAGGCCAUGCUGGAGGAGAAGGGGAGGCAGAUCUUGAUGAAGGACGGGCUGCUGGACCUGGAGGUGGCGGCGCAGGGUCCCGACCCGAAGGAGAUCGAGGAGAAGGUGGACCGCAUGACGGGAACGCUGGACGUCCUGCAGACCCGCUACGCCCGACUGCUGGCCGAGCACGAGGCCACGCACAGCAAGCUCAAACACAGAGUCACCCGGCUGGAGAAGAAGAUGGCGCCGCCGCCGAGGGCCGACCAGCCGGUGGAUGCCCCGCCCCCAGAGACGGAACCCACCAAAGAAGAAGAGAAGAAGUAGAAGAAGAACCAGACCUGGUCCCAAAUCACCAAGUUCAAUAUUCAAACUCAGCACUUGUUCAAUUAUAAAGACAACGUUUCCCAAAGUUAGUUUAUGAAACCUUCAGGAAACUUUCAGGGAACAUUCCCAGCAGGUAGUCUGUCAAACCCUCAGGGAACCUUAUGGAGAACUUCUGGGUCUUAAAGGGACCUCUAGGGAACUUUCUGGGAACUAUUUACUGUGUUUUAGGGAUUGAAAAAUGUGAUGUGGACCAUAACCUCAAACCUUGAGGGAACAUUCUCCGAAGUUUGUUUGUGAAACUUUUAGGGAACCUUUGGAGAACAUUUCCAGAAGUUAGUUUGUGAAACUUUUCAGAAAUCUUCUAGGAACGUUCCAAAAGUUAGAUUGUGAAACCUUCAGGGAACCUUAAAUUAAACUUCAGGGACCUUUUUUUUGUAAUUUAUUUUUUUUAUUGACAUUCAGAGUCAGAUAUUCACAUUUGAUACAGCAUAUGAUAUGUACAAGCAUCUCAGAUCUAUUGUCUGCCCUAAAAUGCCAAAACAGCGUCUUUUCUGAGCAAUGAAAACAAAACAGAAUCAAAAAACAAACAGCAACAACAACAGAAAACAAACAAAUAGGGAGUGAUCUUUCCCGUACAUCACAAUUAUCAUUUUGUAAUUCAGGGACCUUUUAAGGGAACUGUUUAAUAUUUGCUACUGAAAAAAUAUGAUUCCGACCAUAAAGCUGAGAACUCGGUGAAACAUUCCCAGAACAUUCCCUGAAAAUUAUUUUUAAAAACCAUGAGAAGACCUUCAGGGAACCUUCAAAAAUACCAAAGGAUUCUCAGAACGUUCUAGUAACUAUGUACUUUUAUUGUUAGGUACUAAAAAAAAAAGCAGAGAACCUUCAAAAGAUGCCCAAAACUUUGUGAAGAAACAGUUUGCCCCAUUUAUGAUUCUCCUUUAGGUCCUUUGGAAUAAUUCUAAAGCCGUCAGGGAACAUUCCCACAAAGUUCCCAGAAGAUGCUUUUUGAAACCUUCAGGAUCUUCAGGGAACCUUCAAAAAUAGCAAAUAGUCCCCAGACUUCUCCUGAACGUUCUUCUGACUAUUCAGUAGCUAUGUACUGACCAUCUUGGAAUGUUUCCUGAAGAUUCCCUGAAAGCUCUCAGAACGUUCCCUUAAGGUUAGUUGGUGAAACCUUUGGGGAACCGGGACUGACGUCACCAAAUUCAAAGUUUGUGCUCAGAGUUUGUUUAAAUAAAAAGAUAAAAACCCAGAUAGUGAAGUUAAAGACGGAGCUUCUGGAGGAUAAAGACGUCAUUUUAUAAUAUCUCAUGUCUGAAUGACGUAGCUGAAGCUGCUGGAGGAUCAUAGUUCUGUUUUACUGGACCUGGAUCUGAUGAACGGUUCAUAUUGUUCAGCAUUUUAUACGCAUUAUUAAAUCCAUAUUUCUGUUUUAUCUGGACAUUUCUCCAGCUUCUGUUCAGACAGACUGUAGUGUGAAGCUUUAGCAUGUAGCUCGCCUGCUUUAGCUAACUGAGCUAACACUAUGAAUCCAACAGUGAAAUAAAUAAAUAUUUUAUAAGGAAUAUCUGAGCUGCUUCUUUUAUUUCCACAAUAAUCUACUGAAAAAAUACAGUUCACGUUAUUUAAUUUGAUUUUGACAUGCUAAAUGGUAAGAUCUAAACUUUGAUAAUUAAUCAGACAAAUUUAUCUAAUCGAAAUAAUUUUUAAUAUUUAAAUUAUUCAAAUGGGUCUGAUCGUUUUACAUUAUUCAGGCAAAUUAAUAUAAUAAAUAACGUUAACUUAAUGAGCUUAAAAUGAUGAAGAAAAUGUAAACAACUAGGGACAUAGUAGGGAUAUUGUUGCAAGAGUGUUAAACUCAUUCUGGUUCAGGUUCCACAUUCAGUCCAGUUUGAUCUCCAGUGGAGCGGACCAGUAAAACCAGUAAAACCACAGCAGAAUAACCUAGAAAUAACCACAACUCCUGAUGGUUCCUUUGCUUUAGUGCAAAAAAGUACAUUCUGAAAAUGUUCACAUUUAAGGAAUUUUCUUUUCACUAAACAUCAUGAACAACCUGAAAUUUCUGGAAAAAAAUAAAUUCAGUUUCAUCAACA